UCCACCAAAAAAUUUCAGUUUGAAGCCAAUCACCAUGACUUGGUCCAGACUGAAAGUUCUCGGGAAAGGUAGCUACGGUGUUGUGUUCUUGGCAGUCAAGACGGACGAUUUCGGUUUCCCACUCGGUGUCUUUGCCGUGAAAUCAUCACUCCUCCUCAACUGCGCUUCGCUGGUGAAGGAAUUCGAGAUUCUCCGACACUUGUUUGGGUGUCCGGGCAUCGUACGUUGUCUUGGGUACCAAUACACGGUGGAAAGAUCGUUGCCGAUUUACAAUCUGUUCAUGGAGUACGCACCAGAAGGUACGCUGACGGACUUGAUUCGCAAGUCCGGUGGCCGAAUCCCAGAAAAGGAGGUCAAGGUCUACACUCGUAUGUUGCUGGAAGGGCUUUCUUGCAUUCACGGUCAUGGGCUUGUGCACUGUGAUUUCAAACCCGACAACGUCCUUGUUUUUCCUUCAAAAGAUGGAACAGGGUAUUGCUUGAAGAUUACGGAUUUUGGGUUGGCAGAGAUGCCGUGGGCGGAGGAGUUGGGUUGGAGCCGCCCGUAUAGCUUUCUAGGGACGCCGUUGUACAUGUCACCGGAGUCGGUGAUUCUUGGUCAGGCAGCGGCUCCGCUUGAUAUGUGGUCUCUUGGAUGCGUAGUGGUUGAGAUGCUGACCGGGAACAGGGCGUGGGGCAAUCACCAUGACUUGGCGUCUCUGUUCUUUGACAUGGUGUGUGGUGACGAAUCUCCGAAUAUACCAGAAUGGAUUUCAUCAUCAGCGCAAGAUUUCUUGUCGAAUUGCUUUCGAAGGGAUCCUCGUGAGAGGUGGUCAUCUGAAGAACUUUUGAAUCACAGUUUUGUUGGAUUAAUGGAGCAAGAAGGUGAGACUAAUGGUGCGAUUCAAGAAACAGAGUGCUUGGCAGAAGUUGAUGAUGAUUCCAUUGAAGUUGCAUCGAGGAGCAGCAGCAGCAAUGGGUAUGGUGACAAGAUGAUGAAUUUUCUGGACGAAGUUGAUCGGCGAAAGGCAAUGCGGUGUAAGCCUAGAAUAAUUAGCAAUCGUAAAUAUGGUUCAGCUAAAUUAAUAUUUUAGGGUGGCUCAUAUUAGAAA